AUGUCGGAAUCGAAAAUCGUCAAGACGAGCGCAGAUGCGUUUUUACGCGCAGAGCCCCACGGCUCGGGUGCGCUCGGUAUCGCACAGAUGACGCGCCGUGGGAAUGGUGAGGAUCGUCAGAGCUCGUCGGUUUAUCAAGGGCGCGGCUCACCCAUAGGAUCAUUCGGAGGCGAUCUUUUAGGCACGAAUCAAAUGUACCGCGGAGCGUCGCACGCCGUCGCAUGUGUUCCCACGGCGCGCGACCGAAAAGCCUGCAUCGAAAUGCGUCGAAACGUCUAA